GUGAAGAAGAAGAGUUCUACGUACAGCUGUUUCUGUCCAUUGACAUCCAGUUCACUUCUGUCUUCUCUUCAUUGAUUUUUAAAAACACAUUUAUUGAAGAUGUCAGAAGAUCUGCGGUCCGAGCUGGAGAAAUACCUGCAGACGUUAAACAUCCAGACGACCUGCGUGGAGCACCCGCCGGUGUUCACGGUGGAGGAGAUGAUGCCUCACCUGCAGGAGGUGAGCGGGGCCGUCACUAAGAACCUCUUCCUGAAGGACAAGAAGAAGAAAGGCCUGUGGCUGGUGUCGGCUCGCCACGACCGCCAGGUGAACCUCAAUGACCUCGCCAAGAAGCUGGGCGUCGGCAGCGGCAACCUGCGCUUCGCGGACGAGGCAGCCAUGUUGGAGAAACUCAAGGUGGGUCAGGGCUGUGCGACGGCUCUGGCUCUGCUCUUCGAUAAGGACCAGAGUGUGAGGUUCGUCCUGGACCGGGACCUGGUGGAGGGAGGCCACGAGCUGGUCUAUUUCCACCCCAUGACCAACGCUGCCACCGUGGGGCUCCGACCGGACGACCUGCUGCGCUUCCUCAAAGAGACGGGACACGAACCCGUCCUAGAGAGCUUCGAGUAGGACGGGACGGGAACCUGGACCUGAACCGUGGUUAAGAACUGGACCCCGGUCAACCGGCCGAGGCAGAUGGCCGCCCACCCAGAGCCUGGUUCUGCCCCGAGGUUUCCAUCCGUUAAAGGGGAGUGCCAGUGCAUGCUCAUGGGGGAUCUUAGAGUACAGUCUAGACCUGCUCUAUGUGAAAAGCAUCUCGAGAUAACUUCUGUUAUGAUUUGACGCUAUAUAAAAAUAAACUGAAUUGAAUUGUUAUUGACCCGAGCAGCCUGCAGGGAUUAAACUGGGACAUGAAAAUAACCCGCAGAGUCGAAUAUGAAUUUAUUCUGCUUCAAAGAUUAAAAAAAACAAACAAUUACAAUACAAUAUCAA